AUAAUAAAUAAUAACAAUUGGAAGCACAAGGCCUCUCCAGAAUACAUAAAGCAACCGACGAUCAAGAUGGCAGAAAUAUUGAAUGAUGAACAGAUAGUUGAGUUUCAGGAAGCUUUUGGUCUCUUGGAAAAAAAUGGAGAUGGUUGCAUAACUGUGGAAGAACUAGCAACGGUGAUAAGGUCACUAGAUCAAAAUCCAUCUGAGGAAGAACUUCAAGACAUCAUUACUGAAGUUGAUGCUGAUGGUAAUGGCACUAUCGAAUUCGUCGAGUUCUUUAACCUUAUGUCCAACAAAAUAAAGGAAAUUGAUGUAGAAGAGGAACUAAAAGAAGCUUUCAAAGUGUUUGACAAGGAUCAAAAUGGUUUCAUAUCAGCUUCUGAGCUGAGGCACGUGAUGAUUGAUCUAGGUGAAAAAUUAAGUGAGGAAGAAGUGGAGCAGAUGAUUAGUGAAGCUGAUUUAGAUGGAGAUGGCCAAGUCAACUAUGAUGAAUUUGUGAAGAUGAUGAUGAGCGUUUGAUAGAGUCUGAGUUUGCUGGACUAUGAUUUUUUGAUUCAGAUUUACAACCCUGUUAAAAGCUAUAAAUUAUCCAUUACAUUAGUAUCGGUCAUUCUCCCAUGAGUUUAAAAUUUUAUAAAUUUUGCCCCCAUCAAUUCCAAAUCCUAGAUACGUCUCUGGUCAAUUCUGUUUAGCCGUUUGGUCUGAUUUUUUGCAUUAGAUCAAAAAAGAUACUUCUAUAUAUUAAAUUUAUAGAACAAAGUUUCAUGUA